GCCAUGGCGCUGGUGGUUCACGUCCUCGCCUGCCUCCUGGGCACAGGCUCGUGGGUGGCCAUCAACGGCAUGUGGGUGGAGCUGCCCCUCAUUGUGCCCCAGGUCCCGGAGGGCUGGUACCUGCCGUCCUACCUGACGGUGCUGAUCCAGUUCGCCAACGUGGGGCCGCUCUUCGUCACCCUCAUGCACCACUUCCGGCCCGGGCGGCUCAGCGAGCCCGGCACCAUCUAUACCAUCAUCAGCCUCGGGGCGCUGGCCUGCGUCCUGCUGGCCUUCUUCUGGCAGGAGACCAGCGUGGUGGGGGGCACUGCCCGCAGCACCGCCCUCCUCGUCCUCCUCUUCUUCCUCUCCCUGGUGGACUGCACCUCCUCCGUCACCUUCCUGCCCUUCAUGCUGCGGUUCCGGGCCCAGUACCUGACCACCUACUUCGUGGGCGAGGGGCUGAGCGGCCUGGUGCCCGGCCUGGUGGCCCUGGCCCAGGGGGUGGGGGUGGCCCGGUGCGUGAAUGGCAGCCUGGCGGGGAACGCCUCGGGCCCGGGGCUGCAGGUGGAGUACCAGCCGGCCCGGUUCUCCGUUCGCCUCUUCUUCCUCUUCCUUGGCGGCAUGAUGGGCCUGUGCCUCGCCGCCUUCGUCCUGCUCAACCACCUCCCGGCCGCCCG